GUAACAACUAGAGGCUCGAGAGAUUCAUCAUUCAAAUUCUAAGUCUAACACACUUUUUUUCCUAUAUACAAAAAAAUGGCGGCGAUGGAUGACAAUGAGACGUUUUUCUCGGCGGCAACUCCGGUGGCGUUUGAGAGAGGCAGCCUUCCGACCACCGUGAUCACGGCGGAUCCUUCGAAAACCGAUUCGACGGCGCCGCCUAAGCCGGUGAGAAUCACCUCCCCAACAGUUGCCGGAAGUUACCCCGUCGUCUUAUUCUUCCAUGGAUUUUAUCUUCGCAACUACUUCUACUCUGAUGUUCUUAACCACGUCGCUUCUCAUGGCUACAUUCUUGUAGCCCCACAGUUGUGCAAGAUUUUGCCGCCGGGAGGGCAAGUGGAAGUGGACGAUGCUGGAAAAGUGAUAAACUGGGCAUCGGAAAACCUCAAAGCUCACCUCCCAAACUCCGUAAACGCUAAUGGCAAAUACACCGCACUCGUGGGCCAUAGCCGCGGUGGCAAAACCGCGUUUGCGGUUGCUUUAGGCCAUGCCGCAACAUUAGACACAUCCUUCAAAUUUUCAGCUCUCAUAGGAAUCGACCCGGUAGCAGGAAUCAGCAAAUGCAUGAGAACCGAUCCGGAAAUCUUAACGUAUAAACCGGAAUCCUUCGAGAUAGACAUACCGGUUGCAGUGGUCGGGACGGGUCUCGGACCCAAGAGUAACGGGAUGAUGCCACCAUGCGCACCAGCGGAAGUGAACCAUGAGGAGUUUUAUAAAGAGUGUAAGGCCACCAAGGGACAUUUCGUGGCUGCUGAUUAUGGACAUAUGGAUAUGUUGGACGAUGAUUUGCCCGGUUUUGUCGGGUUUAUGGCGGGUUGUAUGUGUAAGAACGGGAAACGAAAAAAGAGUGAGAUGAGGAGAUUUGUGGGAGGUAUUGUGGUUGCAUUUCUCAGGUAUAGUUUAUGGGGUCACAAAUCGGAGAUUCGAGAGAUUCUGAAGGAUCCUUCUGCCUCUCCGGUGACGCUUGAUCCUUUGCCGGAGCUGGAAGAGGCUUCGGGCUACUUCGUCUAGAUUGGUGCUUAUGUGCACCAGCAGUACAUGUAUUUGUAUCAGAGUGGCUCAAAACUUUGAAUAAACGUAUUGAUAUUUAUUCUCCAAA